AAAAUCGCGAAAAAAACGAGAUAAAAACCAUUACUACACCACGACAACCUCACCGCUGCAACCCGCCAUCUCAACCACGAUCGCUAGCUCUGCAACUUGAUACUAGCGCAUUCAAAUCCCCAUCAAUUUUUUUUCCCCCGGGGGUUUGUUCAUUCGCAAAUAGGUCAAGAUGGGCAAGCGCAAAAGCUCCUCGAAGCCGCCCCCCAAGAAGAAGAAAGAUCCCCUUCCCACUCAGUUCACAUGCCUGUUCUGUAACCACGAGAAGUCGGUCGACGUCAAAUUGGACAAGAAGAUGGGUGUCGGCAACCUAGAGUGCAAGAUCUGUGGGCAAAGAUUCCAAUGCGGCAUCAACUAUCUUUCCGCCGCUGUCGACGUUUACGGAGAAUGGGUUGACGCCGCAGACGCCGUUGCCGAACAGACAUCACUUGAAAACCGUGGUACCGGUGGGAGCUCGAGCCGCGCCAAGCCAUCUUCCAGCAGAUACGAAGAGGAGGACAGAUACGCGGGACAUGGCGUCGGGGCCGAUGAUGACUACGAUUGAGCGCAUACACCCACGAGACAAGUGUUUUACGAAGCUGAUGGGUCCCAAGAAACUUGACGAAUUUACCACGAUAACGCUUGCCGAAUAAGUUGGGAUAUGAGGCUCACAGAUUGGAGAAGAAACAAGGCUAUCUAUGGUUUCAUCAAGUGCCCACCGUUUGCUUUUUGAUUUAGGAGAAGGGUUGUCUGGUGAGGUUAUGUGAGGUGCGUUAUGGGCUCCAUCGAUCCUCACAUGGUGUAGAACCGAUCACCAAAAUCACCAAGGCCAGGAAUGAUAUAACUGUUGGGGGCGUUUCGGCGUUAGUUUUAUAGUGCAUGACAAUAGGCAGCAUCAGGUUAGGGCAAGUGACAGACUUCUUUUCAUCCA